UCCGUCUGUCCGUCUGUCUGUCCGCCCCUCGGUCGCCCCGCGGCCGCCAGCAGCGUGCCGGCACCAUGGCUGCAAAAAGUAAGGGCUCAAAACAGCCUGGCUGCUUUGGCUACCCCUUGAGCAUCUUCUUCAUCGUCAUCAAUGAGUUCUGCGAGCGGUUCUCCUACUAUGGCAUGCGAGCUGUGCUCGUUCUGUAUUUCAAGUACUUCCUGCGCUGGGAUGACAACUUUUCCACAGCCAUCUACCACACCUUCGUUGCUCUGUGCUACUUGACGCCCAUCCUGGGAGCACUCAUAGCAGACUCCUGGCUGGGAAAGUUUAAGACCAUUGUCUCCCUGUCCAUUGUCUACACGAUCGGGCAGGCAGUCAUGGCUGUCAGCUCCAUCAAUGACCUGACAGACCACAACAGAGACGGCGCUCCGGAUAGCAUUGCGACGCACAUUGCCCUGUCCAUGACUGGCUUGAUUCUCAUUGCCCUGGGCACUGGUGGCAUCAAGCCUUGUGUGUCGGCGUUUGGUGGAGAUCAGUUUGAAGAUCAUCAGGAAAAACAAAGAAGCAGAUUCUUCUCUCUCUUUUAUUUGGCCAUUAAUGCUGGAAGUCUCAUAUCCACUGUAAUCACCCCAAUUCUCAGAGCUCAACAGUGUGGCAUUCACAGCAAGCAGCAGUGCUACCCACUGGCGUUUGGAGUUCCCGCUGCCCUCAUGGCUGUUUCAUUGAUUGUGUUCGUGAUUGGAAGCGGCAUGUACAAAAAAGUUCAACCUCAAGGCAAUAUAAUGGUUCAAGUUUGCAAAUGCAUUGGAUUUGCCAUCAAAAACAGGUUCCGGCAUCGCAGCAAGGCGUACCCCAAGAGAGAGCACUGGCUAGACUGGGCGAGCGAGAAGUACAGUAAACGGCUGAUUACUCAGACUAAGAUGGUGCUGAAGGUGCUGUUCCUUUACAUCCCACUCCCCAUGUUCUGGGCACUUUUCGACCAGCAGGGCUCAAGAUGGACACUGCAAGCCACCACGAUGGAUGGGAACUUUGGAGCUAUUCAGAUUCAGCCAGACCAAAUGCAGACUGUCAAUCCGAUCCUGAUUGUUAUAAUGGUGCCAAUUAUGGAUGCUGUGAUUUACCCUUUAAUCAAGAAAUGCAAGAUCAAUUUUACGCCUCUGAGGAAGAUCACUGUUGGCAUGUUCCUUGCUGGACUGGCUUUCAUUGCUGCUGCCCUUGUGCAACUGCAAAUAGACAAAACCCUCCCAGUUUUCCCUGCAUCUGGGCAGUCCCAAAUCAAAACAAUAAAUCUAGGUGCUGAUAAUGCAAGAGUAACAUUUUUACCUCAGAAUGUGAAUGUGACCGUAGAACCUCUGCAUGGGACGGACUACAGGACGUUUGAGACUUCCCGGUUGCAACAUGUAGUGGUAGCCUAUGGAAGUAACAACACAACUCUAAAUGCCCCCAUCACAGGCGGAGAGCGGUACACUCUCACGGUUAAAAAUACCGUGUCAGGCAUUGACGCUCAGUUGCUGUUUGACAAUGUCACAUCAAAACCAGAAGAAGGAAAGAAUCUUAUCAGAUUCAUAAACAAUUCGCCUUGGACAGUCAAUGUCACUAUGGGUGGUGCGGAUUUUGGAGAACUGACACCUCUCUCUGCCACUAAUUACAGUGUUUUUUCAGGAGGCAGAACAGAUAAGAUUGUGGUUUCUACAAAUGCAGAUAGCUGUACAGCUACUUCAAACUCACUUGGAUUUGGCGGUGCAUAUACAAUUAUAAUUAAUGAGUGUUCUGGAAAUGUUGCUGCAUUAAACUACAGUCAAGAUAUUCCACCCAAUACAGUUCACAUGGCUUGGCAGAUCCCUCAGUAUUUUAUUCUAACAUGUGGAGAAGUAGUCUUCUCUGUAACUGGGCUGGAGUUUUCAUACUCACAGGCCCCAUCUAACAUGAAGUCAGUGCUGCAGGCCGGAUGGCUGCUGACAGUGGCUGUCGGUAACAUAAUUGUCCUUAUCGUGGCUGGAGCAUCCAAACUCAGUCAGCAGUGGGCAGAGUAUGUGCUGUUUGCUGCCUUGCUGUUUGCAGUUUGCAUUAUUUUUUCCAUCAUGGCUUAUUUUUAUACUUAUAUUGAUCCAAAUGAGAUUGAAGCCCAACUUGAUGAAGAAGAAAAACAAGUGAAAAAGGAUCCAGACUUACAAGAAAAAGAAGAAAAAGAAGCCGAAGCUGUCUCUCGGAUGUAGAAGGUGUAUUCAAGAGAACUUGUAAAUCAUGGUGUCCCAUUAACUGUCCACUGCAGUGAGAGGAAUCAGGGUAUUGCUAACAGCACUGGAUAAUAUGCCUUAUGGGAGAUGUUAAGAAAAAACUGUUCUGACUUUAAAUGCAGCCUCUUGAAUCAAGAGGAAAAGAUUAAUCUCUUGUACAGAACACGGUAUCCUGAAGAAACUCCCGCAGAAUUUGCACUCUUAAAAUGUACCUCAAGCUCAAAUACCAUAGCAUUAAAAUGUUGAAAUUGCACUUGGCACUAUUAGACCCUGUGAAGAGGUGUAUUUUUGUACUACAUUUCAAUUUUAUAUCACGAAAGAAACAAGUAUUGCCAAAAAAUAGUAAUUGAAGCCAAGCUGUCUGCAUGACCCAUCUACCCUCAUUGUUACUUGAAAGCAGCAGGUCACACGUGCCUUAAAUUCUUUUAUAUGUCCUUAAGGACUGUGGGAGCAAAGCUCCUGGAUUUCUCAGGUUAAAACGUGGCUUGGACAUGCACUCUGGUGUUCUUUGUAUGCCUGUUAACUACCCAUUUGACUCCCGGUAUGUUCUUAAUUAAAUGUAUUAAUGAGGUGUCCACUGAGGUAAACAGACAAUGGCAAAUGAUAUUUGGAAUAACAGCAAUAAAACUUGUAACAAAAUAUUGGAGGUGGGG